AUGGCCGACCAGAAUCAACCACCGUCACAGGAACCGGCAUCCACCGACGGCGGUUCCCCUCACGAAGCUCUGUUCCUCGUCCUGCCUUACCUCUCCGUACUCGAACUUAUCAACGUGUCCCGAGUUUGUACCUCCCUCCGCCGCGCCGUGGAGGAUGACGAUGGCAUUCUGCCAGCUUGCUUGAUACUGGUGGAUUGCAUCAACGUUACUGACGACGGGCUUCAAUUGGUGGUCUCCAACAAUCCGCUCAUCGCUAAGCUUCAUGUGCCAGGAUGCAUCAGACUCACACCAGAUGGGAUCAUAAGAGCAGUGAAGACGUUAUCCGACGACAACAGCGACUGCAGGCUGAAGAGUUUAUGCAUAAGCAACAUCCUCGGCAUCAACAAGCAACACUUCCACAGUCUCUGCUCCUACCUCCAAAGUGCUCACAAGCUAGGAGACACGGCAACAUCCAACAUUAUCGACGUGGAUAUCUGUCCUGUCUGCGACGAAGUGAGGCAGGUUUAUGCCUGCCCACAGUCAUCAGAAAAGGGAAAAUGCAGCAGGAGGGGAUGCAAGCUGUGCAUUCCGAGGUGUGAGGAAUGCGGAAGAUGUGCUGAUUGUAAGGAGGAUGUUGAACUAGAAGAGGCUACCCUUUGUUCGGAAGUCCUGUGCUCCGAAUGCUGGCUUCACCUUCCGAAAUGCAACCACUGUAACCAGCCUUACUGCACAAAGCAUGCCUACCGGCGGCAACAGCAGCAGGAUGGCUCUGGUGGUGGCACCGGGUGGCUAUGCGAGGCUUGUCACGUGAAAGCUAAUGAGGUCUUGGAGCAUGGUGAUGAUGAUGAUUGA